AUGUACAUAUUUUCCGAAUGCAAGCGCACAUACCCACACACGCACCCAAAAAGCGCCCAACCCCGUACACUUAACACAUUUAAAGAGAAUACAAACGAAGAGCUAAAAAUCGCAAGAGCGUGAAAGCGUCGUCGACAACGCGACGUCAACUCGUCACAACCGAGACGUUUCGACGUUAACGAACAGUUGGCGAUGCGAGUGCGAAAUAGAAAGACGUCGUAGUUGUUCAAUUACAUAAUUACAUUAAAAUAAUUUUCAUCUUGACGUUUGAACGACGCCAAAAAAAAAAGGGAAAUGGAUCCUGAUUUUACUAAAAAACUUAUCAAACUUGUGAAAAAGUCCGAAUGUUUGUAUGAUUGUAGCUCACCAGAAUAUCGAAACCAGUCAUGGAAGGCAGCAAUUUGGCAGAAAAUUGCAGAGGAGUUAAAUACGAAAGUCGUAUGCAUUUGCCUUCGCACUUUCAGAGGCGGUGUGCAAGAGACGCUGGAGAUCGCUACGCGACACAUACACGCGAAUAGCACGAUGCUCAAAGUUGACUACAGGUACAAAAUUUUUAAAAACGAAAUAUAAAUAUGCUGAUGAGCUAUCAUUUUUGCGUGGGAUCAAGGAGGGCAGAAAGUAAGUGUUAAGAACGUGUUAAAACGCCGCUAAAUGAGGUACCACAUAUCGAGCCCUAACGUAAAAAUAAAUG